CAAUACCAGACUUCCAUUUUGUUUUAAAACUUUCUCAGACAGCAUCAUGAAGACAGUGUUUCUGUUGGCGACGUUUCUGGUUGCCACACAGGCCCGAGAGGACCUGGUACAACAGCUAACAGCCGGGGCUACGAAUAGACUGAUGUCAGCUCGAUCUGCCGCUGAUGCGGAGGUCCUGGAGGACAACACCAUCGCUGACCUCUCCGACCUGACCGACCAGAUAAACAAGAUCGGCCUGCUGUUGGCCAAGAACGACGAUGAUAAAGACGGCUCUGGUGACGACGAUGCCGACUUUCUGCUCCACGAAUCCGGAAAGCCAAUAAAACCCUCCAAGAAGCCAGGGAAAGGCUCCAAGAAAUCGGGCAAGGGUUCUAAGAAGCCAGGUAAAGGUUCCAAGAAGAAGCCUGAGCCGGUGGAGACCUCGUCCGACCGUUUCAUAUCAGCGGAGCAGCCAGAGCUGGGCCCGGAAGAUCUGGAGGCCAUUCCCCUGUCCCUGCGACGUUACAUCCAGGCCCUGGAGGACCGUGAGCUGAUGCGCAAGCGAGAGGAGCACGAGAAGGCUGCCGAAGCUACACAUCUCCGCAGUCUGCUGCAACGCCUGACCAGCAAGCGGCAAAACUAAGAAAUAUGGAUGAAUAUUAGCCUCCUUCACAGACUUCUAGUUUUCUAGCGGGGAUGACUGUUAUCUUUUUUGUGGAAGCACUGGUUCGCAAUUUUCAAUAGAGGCUAAGGAUCUAAUGCCUGGAGAGGCAUAGGGAGUUCUGCAAGCGACAAAACUACACUUCCCAAAGAAGUUAUCUUUAUAUAAA